GGCCAUUAAUGUGCGGCGGCCGGCGAUGGCCGGCCGGUGGCCGUGUGGCUUGUGGUCACAUUCGCGCCCCUCUGCCUCGCCGCGGGCCCGCCGCCCCCCCCUGGGAUGACCGCAAACGACCUCGCGCACGCAGGCCACCCCAGUAAGUUUGCAGCUUCCCGGCCGUCGCGAGCGGCGCCAGGCGCAAUAUCUGCGCGCCUGCUGCCACUAGUGCCACCUCUACGUCUACCUCAACGCAUUAACUCACUGCGGGUUACAUAGUGAGUGCAAC